UUCCUGUUUGCACAUCUCCGAAUAGGAAGACAAGCAUGAAUAGGGAGAAGUUCCAGCAGAAGGCUCUGAAACAAACUAAGCAGAAGAAAUCCAAGUCGGCUGAAUUUCUGAUGGGAGAAGAUGAGAGAGUUGCAGCAGAAGGCAUUGCAAAUCCAGCUUUUAACAUCAGCAGUGCAGAUCUUUCAGCAUAUCAGACUUCAGAGGAGGACGUUAUUAGACGUGACAAGCUGGAUAGCACCCUUGCAGCUCGCCAACAAAAACUCAAGCUGCAAGCCUGUUCUGAACCAAGAGGAAAUGAAUGCAGCAGAAAUUACUUUGACCCUCUGAUGGAUGAGGAAAUAAACCCAAGGCAGUGUGGGAUGGAGGUCAGCAAAGAAGUGCCUGCAAAACUGUAUGAGAAACUUCUCUAUGAGAAACUGAUGACAAUUCUAGAUGAAGAGAGUGGGAUGUUGGCAUCACAUGAAAAACCUGUUGAAGACAAACAUGAUUCUGCAUGGCCUAUGAACUAUAACAAGCCUUUUCAUCUUUGUGAGAAAGCUGAAGAACAAGAAGUUCUGCCUUAUAUUGACCAGUUUGAGAAGGAUGUUCAAAAUGAGAUUAUUCUCCUUGGCAACUCUCUACUGGAACAGAUCAACUGGUCUAAAAAGUCCCAACCCAUUCAAAUCCAACUUAAAUGCAUACGGGGUAUUAAAGACAAAGUGCCUCAAGGCAGCUACAUUCUCAAGGUUUCCAUCCGUGGACAAGUUGGUGGUGAGCUGCUUUCCUGGUCCAAAGUGGAAGGUCAACAGUGGGCUGGUACCUCACUACCAGUCAGACAUAAUGGCAACUUCUACGACGUGGAGAUCUGUUUUGACCAAAGCGUCCACACAAUCACUCAUUAUUCUUCAAGAAGCAAUAUGUUUCAAGGGGAGCUGAAUAGUGUACAUAAUAGUGAGAGUGCCAAAGAAGAGAAAGAAAAGAACAGAGAUGCAGAUUAG